AUGGAUGACGUAUGUGCAGAGCCAAGGCUGCUGCCGUUCCAGCUUUUAAAAGAAAUCACAAAUGAUUUCUCUACGGACAUGAAAGUUGGCGAGGGAUCAUUCGGAGAAGUUUAUAAGGGAGAGCAGAAAAAUGGGCAAAUGAUUGCUGUGAAGGUACUUCAUCCCAUUUCACGACUUGGUAAUAAAGAAUUUGAGAAGGAGUACCAGAACCUCGCAACUGUACAACAUAAAAACAUUGUGCGGUUAGUUGGCUAUAGCCAUGAAACUUUUGGAGAAUUCAGACAUUUUGAAGGAAGAUCGCUUUUUAUAGAAACGAUAAAGAGAGCCCUUUGCUUCAAGUAUAUGGAACAUGGAAGCCUUGACAGGUUUCUUGCUGAUGAAUCUAGUGGACAUGAUUGGCGCACACGCUUUGCAAUAAUUAAGGGGAUUUGCCAGGGUUUAAAACACCUUCAGGAGGAAUUGAAUCCUCCUAUGUAUCAUUUGGAUUUAAAACCAGCCAAUAUAUUGCUGGAUGAAAAUAUGGUGCCCAAAAUCGCAGAUUUUGGCUUGUCAAGGCUCUUUGGAGGAGAACAAACACAAAUGACAAACACUCGUAUAGGAACAAUUGGUUUCAUACCACCGGAAUUUAUUGACGCGGGUGUAAUUUCUAUUAAGUUUGAUAUAUAUAGUUUGGGGAUGGUAAUUAUAAAGAUAAUGACAGGACCAGAUGGGUACUUUCGAAGUGCUGAAAUGUCUCCACAACAAUUCGUAGAGCUUGAACAUGUGAAAUGGAAGAAUAAGCUACAAACAACAUCGGUUUACAUGUUGGAGCUAUAUUGUAAACAAGUAAAGAGUUGCCUCGAAAUAGCUGUAAGCUGUGUGGAUGUAGAUCGACACAAGAGGCCUAGCAUAGGGGUAGUCAUUGCUAGGCUGAAUGAGACGGAGACUGCAGUGAAAUUACUUGGUGCGCUGAUGAACGACAGAGGGUCAUCGAUGUACAAGGCUAUCAACUUUCCAAGAAAGCAGGCCAAGAAAAAAUAUGCAAGCUCAGGGAAAGUGCAGUUGGCAAUCGAGAACAACAGAUAG